AUGAAUCUCAUCUCACUGGUCAUUGAAUAUGGCGCCCCUGUCUUUCUCAUCACCUCUCCUCUGACCUCCUACGCGGACCAGAUUCUGAGCAUCCACCGCACACGGACAUCGGCCGGGUUCUCGCUCGACAUCCCGCUCAUCAUGCUCUCCGCCUCGAUUCUGAAGGUCUUCUAUUGGUUCGGCGCCUACUAUUCAGGCGCGUUACUAGCCCAGGCUCUCGUGAUGAUCCUGGUGCAGGGGACCCUGCUCAAGGUUGCGCUUGAGAAUCGGCCAUCUGCGGGGAUGAAGAAUGGGAUCGAGCAUACGCCCUUCAGCGGCGGCAGUGCCGAUGGCGGGUUUGCGCGACCCUACGAGUUUUGGCAGUGGAAGAACACCAAACCAUACUGGAUGUUCCUAGCCUACCUGGUUGCCGCGCUGACCGUGAUCCACCUCACCCCGGUCUCCCAAUCCGAGUUCUAUAUCAAUCUCCUGGGCUACAUCGGCCUAGCCAUCGAAGCCACGCUCCCUGUCCCCCAGAUUAUCUCCAACUACCGCUCAAACUCUUGCCAGGGUUUCCGGUUGUCCGUGCUAGCAGCCUGGCUCAUCGGCGACUCGAUGAAGAUGAGCUACUUCUUCUGUAGCCAGGAGCUGAUCCCGUUGGCGUUCAAGCUGUGCGGUAUGUUUCAGUGCAUGUGCGAUGUCUACCUGGGCGUGCAGUACUAUAUGUUUACGCGGGCCUCUUACCGGGCCGGGGGAAGUUCGGCGGAGAAGGACAUUCGCAUGACGUGA